UGAUUAAUUAAUUAAUUAAUAUCAUCAAUUGAUUGAAUUGCAUUUGGACGAUCGCAUUGUUUAAAAGUGGAAUUAAAUAUAAAUCAGGUGAAUAAUUGUGAUUAAUAAAAUUGUAAUUAUUGUAAUUAGUCAUGAAAAAUCAAAGCUUCGUAAAAGUACAGUUCUCGUACUCUAACGGCUAUAAAAAAAAUUUUGGAAUGAAAAUAUAAAUCCGCUAUGAAUACUUCACCUCAGCAUUUGUCAAAUCGGGGUGUAAACAUUCCUAAUUCUAACGAUCAAGAGAAAAUCGUGAAUUUCAUUCUGUUUACUCACUUUAAUCCUCAAUUAUUUCUCCCUCGGAAGUGAAAAUGUGACGCGUGUUAAAGACCCUUCAAAGAUUUUAAAUUAAUUAAUUAACAGUGCCUACCAACAAAAACUGGUGAUUCAGACAUCUCUGGGGAGAGUAUUAAUUUUACGAAUGAACUAACAACAUUAAUUUAUUAAUUGACAAUUAAAUAAAAUGAUAAAUUAGGAAAUUAGGGAUAAAUGUGUAAUUGUGGUUUGUAAAUUAAGCAAUUAAAAGUGGUCGACGUGGGAUUAAAAUUUAAAUAUCAACGAAUUAAAAAAAUAAAAAAUACAAUAAUAUAAGUAAUAUUUGAAUAAAUCUAGAUUGCAAUUGUGAAGAUAUGAAUGAAAAAUCGUGGAAAAUGGAAGAGAAAAGUCCCAAUUGGUUGAGUUCGUUGUGGUUUAACUCACGAUUAUUCACAGUCAAUGAAUUUCCCUUAAAAUUUCACCUGGUGGGAUACAACCCUUGCGAGGCGUAUGAGAUCAUGAAAAUCAUUGAAGCCUACGGUGGAAAAUUUUCGAGUCCUGAUGAUCCGGAUGUCUUCAUUUUUUGCGAUCCAGGAUAUCCAGUUGACGCAGGAGAACGAGAUCUCUACAAUGUUAAAUAUUUUCAUGACAGCAUUGCUGCCCUCAAGCCCCAGGAGUUGAUCAACUACAAGAUCCACGGAUCCAUCAAUGAACAAUCUGGUGGAUUUAUGGAUGUCGAUGAUUCCUCGCCUUUAAAAAAUGAAGAGACGAUUAAAUUCUCAGAGUCAAUCAAUUUCCAUCAUCAGACAACUGGAGGUGACGAAGUGGAAACUUGUGAUGAAAAAAUUGACGCAAGAGAUGAUAUAAAUUCCAGUCAAGCUGAUGAUGAUUCGUGGACAACAGCGAGAGCACAAAUUUAUUGUCGUGAGAGAAAAAGCUUUGUUAAUGGAUUAAUGGGGAAUAAUCGUGGAGUCAUCAACGCAGGACCUCCAGUUGAUUAUCCAGAGGAUAAUGAAAAAUGUGAGAGUCCUUCUGAGGAUGAUGAUGAGUCUGAUGACUCGGGUGUCUCCAAAAUGACUGAUGACACUCUCUACUCAGAAGGUGCCCCAGAUAAUAAUUCUAGCUCGAGAAAUAAUUUCUCUGUUGGAGCAAGACGAAGUACUGGCGGAAGACGUAGUAAAUUCACCCCCACAGAAGAAGACAAUGAGAAAAUCGUAAAAUGGAUUAUGGAGAAGAAAUUAAAUCCGACAGACACAGGGAAAAAAAUUUGGAGAGAUUUUCUGGACGAACAGAUCCUCUCACAUCUCGAAUGCACACCGAGAAUUUUAGCUCGACAUUACGUAACUAAUGUGAAGAAUCUUCCGGUCAUGAAGAAAUACCUCGAGACAGCCGGGACUUCUCCAUUCGCCAAAUAUGCUGGGCCUCGAUACACCGAAGAGGAGAAUCGAGUUCUCAUUCAAUAUCUCAUCGAUAAAGAUGUUAUUCAUAGAGCGAGAGCUCAUUCUGUUUGGAAGGAAUGCCUAGAAGAACGCGGGGACUUAUUGAAUCCAAUCAGGACAUCUACAAAUCUGUGCAACUAUUUCAAACAAAAACUUCGUAAAAACUAUGCGAAAUAUACUGACGACCCGAAGGCGUUGAAGCAGUUCAAGAGCAUUGAAAGUAUCAGACAGCAGAAUUGACAGUAUUAAAUAAAAUUUCAAUUGUAUUGAUAUUAUCCGAGGGAAUGACACUGGAACAGUCUAUCCCAUUUUACAGAAUGAAUCGAUAAUUUAUUUUAAGAAAUAUGCAAUUAUAAUUUUUAAUUAUGACGUGAUUUAUUCAUUUUUUUAAUGAUUUUUUAAUGACACCAAGAUGGAGGGGGUUGGGGGGAGCUCAAUACUGAAAUUGGGAAAGAAAAAUAUCGAGACGUGAAGAUUACAAAGAGUAAAAAAUAAAUAAAUAAAUUCGGGCCCCCAGUCUCCAGACAGAUGCACAAUUUUGCGUGAUGCAUAAUUAAUUUAAUUAUCCAAACACCAGAUAUCAACGGUUACACACUGCUACGAUAUUUCCACUCAUUUUUUUCACUGACUUACACCUGGUAAAUAGUUUCAUUAUAAAUAAUUUAUACAAUUAUAUACAUAAUCGAUUUUCAUAACUUGUUUAUAUACAAAACGUGGUAUCAUUGAUUUCAUCAUCGAUUACAGUAUUGUUUACAAAAAAAAAAAAUGCACAAG